UGGCUGACCAUCAGACAGCGAACAUGCAUUCACACACCGACAGACUGAACGCGUUUCCAUUUAUCGGUAUCGUGUAUGGUCAAUCGCGGUCUCAAUUUCGGUCUCUCCGUCCCUCCCUCUAUUGCCUAUUAGCUCAGCCUAUCCACUAGCUAAUCUCUACAUCGCCACUGUCAUCUCACGAACGACUCACCACUUGAGUCGGUCGCCAAACUCGAAAUUGGAGUUGCCCUCGUCAGAACUCUCAGACGAGUCAGACCACCCGGUGCGCUCCAUCCUUCCCUCCCUCCGUCGGCUCGCACCACCACCACCACCGCCGCCAUUCGGCCACCAAUCCCACCCCCCAGCCCCGCCAAACAGCCACGAUCGUGGGAUCCUAUCAUACAAAGCCACGUCUGUCUCUCUUUCGUCCCCCUCCCCAGCCUGCGUGUCGCUGGCAGGUGGGGGGCGGGGCAGAGACAUGAAGGCCGAGAGGAUGCUGUCUCUGUCUCUGUCUCGCUGCUGCGUGUCGUCCGUUGUGGCGCUUCGCCGCAGCUGCUGUGAGUGCCUGCCUCGCCGUGUUGUGCGGGGCUCGGAGGAGGGGGAGCUGUGUGCUGGCGGCCGGGGGCGGGAGGAGGGAUGCCUGUGACGCUUGGAGGUGCGGCGGGGAGGGAUCGGUGGACGCUCACCUGACCGAGACACACACGCCGAGGAAGAUCGAUCAGCCAGCCAGCCAGCCAGCCACCAGAGAUCACCUUCAUCCCUCUGACCUUUGCUCUUUGCCUUCUGAUCGGCCCUGUCGAUUGGCACAGGUGUGGUCCAGUCGGUGCGAUAGGUGGUCAAAAGCGGGUCGUCGCUGUCGUCCAGCAGCCCGCGUGUGCGCGCCCGGAGCGACUCGGAUGACGAUGACUGUGCUGUCUUGUCACUUGACCAUGAGCUGAUGGAGAGAGUGCGCUGGUGGGUGAUGCACGAGUCGCAGAGGGAUGGGGCGGGAGGGCGAGAGCGGGACUGACGACGGCGGAAAAGCAUUGUGAACAAGGGAAACGGCUGACACCAGGAAAGGGGCAGGGAGAGGUCUCCGUCUCUGUGGUGUCCCUUUGUGUGUGUCUUGCGUGGUCCAUGUUAUGUUACCUUGCGAAGGACGAAGGCAAAGUAGAUGCAGACAGCGAUGAAGACAAUCAACAAAGUGGUGCAGAUCUGUGUGUGACCAGAGAGAGACACGUCAGACACACGCACCAUCAUCCAUCCCCUCUCCGCCUCUUCACCCAUGCUGCGAUGAUGACAGCGUCGUACGUCCUGCAGAUGGCCUCCGUGUGGCACCGACCAUGGAUGACGCAUGCACACCUCGUCGCCCAUUGGCCGUGCUGCGGGCUGCCGUGCGAUUCGCCCCUCAUUUGCACAAAGUGUGACCCUCUUCCCCUGUGGCAGCUGGGGUGCUCCAUGCGGAAGAGGCCACGGGCCUUGCACAGCAGAGCCCUCACUGCAUGGGACACAGGGUGUCUCGCCCCCGUGGUGUCUCUGAUGAGUUGGUCGUCCUCAGUCUCGGUUUCCGCGAAGGUGGGCGGCUCUUUCUUCAAGUUCAGAAUCCGCUGCUCUCCGUCCUUCUGCUGCGCCGUUUCCCCCUCCUCAGUGUGUGUCUUGCCGUCGCUCUCAACCCACGUCUGUCUCACCGAGCCCUGAUGCUCGUGCGGGCGAAACGACAAAGGGGAGUCGCUCGACGACACGCGGAACGGGGCCUUGUUGGCGUUGGUAAUCACCCUCCGCCGCUGGCCGUGGAACAGCGCUUGUAGCAGGACAUAGGGCGGCUCCUCAGCAUCCAUGUGCGCCAAGGAGUAGGGACGCACCGGGGAGAGGGAGCCAUCCGAAGGCUGCACGGACACCUCGCGAGAGUUGUCGUCAGCAGGAGAAGGACGGGGCUGGCUGCGGAGCACGAAAUGGGCCGACAGGGGGUUGCGAGAGGCGGCGGGGCCCGGUGCUGCAUCAUGAUGUUGCCGCCGGUCUUCGUGUCCAGGUUCCACAAUGGUGAUGAAGCGGCAGAAGAGGAGAAGCACGAGGGCCGGUUGGUGGUAUCGAUGAAUCCUCAUUUGCAUGUCGCCUUGAGGAUGGAGAGAGAAGGUCGACGGUUACAGAAACACCCUUAUCGCCAAACAGGGCGGAGAAAGCUGGAGGGCAAGAGAGGGGAUGAUCAUCUUGCGAAACUCGAAGGAGCCACAGCAGUCUCGUCAAAGAGCGUCC